GGCCUCCUCACCAGUCGCCACCCCGUCGUGCAUCGCCAUUCAGCUCCAUCCGCGCGCCCUGCUCUCGUUGCGUCGUCGAGGUCGGCACGUAGGCUUAAUUAGUUGGGUGGCAGAGCGCGCGCGCGGCCGGCCAUGACGAUGUUGGGGCAGGCCCAGGCGCAGCCGGCGGCGGCGUUCGGGGACACGACGCUGACCAAGGUGUUCGUGGGCGGGCUGGCGUGGGAGACGCACAAGGACACCCUCCGCGAGCACUUCGAGCGCUUCGGCGACAUCCUCGAGGCCGUCAUCAUCUCCGACAAGCUCACCGGCCGCUCCAAGGGCUACGGCUUCGUGACGUUCAAGGAGGCAGACGCGGCCAAGAAGGCGUGCGAGGACGGCACGCCGGUCAUCAACGGCCGCCGCGCCAACUGCAACCUCGCUUCCCUCGGCGCCAAGCCGCGGCCCCAGCCGCCGCACCUCCUCCGCCCCUCGCCGCCGACCACCCCGGCGCCGCACCACAUGCCCGCGCUCCCGUCCCCUCACCACCAGCCCGCGCCAGCCAUCGCGGUGGGGUCCAGGGGCGUGUCGCCGGUGCCGUGGUACUACCACCCUUCCACGACGCCGCCGCCGCCGCCGCAGGCCGCGCACUACGGCCACGGCGCUCACCAGCAGUACCACGGCGUUCUCCCGUUCUACCCCGCCGCCGCCAACUACGGCUACUCCCCAAACUACGUCACUGACCUGAGCUACAACGCGCAGAAGCUGGGCCAGGCGGCGGCGACGGCGCCUGGCGCGGGCGGGUCCUACAUGCAGCCGCAGGGGCACUUCUCGUACCCGGCGGCGGCGGCGCAUGGAGGCAUGCUCGCGCCCAACGGCAUGAUGCCCGUGUACCCCUACUACCACUACCACUACCACGGCUCGCAGGGGCUGGGCGUCCCGGCCGCGCACUUCUUCCCGCCGGUCUCCGCCGCCGUGCCCACCGUGCCCGCCAUCAUCUCAAAGCCCACAGUCAUGGUGCCCCCCAAAGUGGAGCAGGUGGCUGGGUGCAGCUGAAGGCACGGUGACGGUGCGAGGAGUUAAAAGGAGGCCAACCAAAAGGUGCUCGCCCGAGAUCUGUCUGUCUGAUUAUAACAAGCUGCUGCACAACAAGAAGAAGAAGCGCUCGUCCACGUUCAAUUCGUUCAAUUCCCUCUAACUCCGUGCGCCCAUGGGGUGGGCGCACGGCCCAGCAAAGUCUGUAACAAAGAUUAUUCCGUCUCUCUCUCUCUCUCGUUUACCAACGUAUUUUCAGUGGUAAACCCUUUUACCAAGUCGUCUGUAGUCCCAUCGCUGCAAGGGGCAGCGAACCUGAAUAAAAUCGUCGUAAUCUUCGGUCA